AUGGUGUGCACAUAUUUCGUUUUGUUUUUCUUUACCGCACUUUCGAAAGCAACUGUAACCGAAUUGGAUCGUCUUCAAGUCAUAAACCUGAAUGAAACAGCAGGGAGUCCAGAUCAAAGGAUCAUUGGUGGUCAACCCGUGAAUAUUGAAAAAUAUCCCUACGCAGUACAGAUACUCUUAAACGGUGGUCUCACAUGUGGUGGAUCAUUAUUGACAGGAAGACACGUCCUGUCAUCUGCACAUUGCUUUAUUACUCAGUCCGGACAACUUGCUAGUGCGUCUCUCUUCACUGUUCGAGUUGGUUCGACAGUGCAGGGUUCAGGAGGAAGAGUUGUAAAAGUGUCACGUAUCGUACCACACCCAAGGUAUAAUACACCUCUACGUGACAAUGAUAUAGCAGUGGUGUUUUUGUCGCGUCGUGUGACUCUUAGCGCGAGUGUGUCUGCUGCUUUUAUUCCGGUACAAGGCCAAUCUGUUCCCGAUCAGGCUUCGGUUACUCACGUUGGCUGGGGUCAGACUAAUGUAAACAUUAUCGGCGGAUCCCAAGUGUUGAACGAAGUGGAUGUGCAAAAAGUGAAUCUGACCAUAUGUUCGCAAAGAUAUACCCAGUUAUCACAGAUAACUGGUUUAGUAUAUAUCGUGACCCAAAAUAUGAUGUGUGCUGGCAUACUAGACGUUGGAGGUAAAGAUGCCUGCCAAGGGGAUAGCGGCGGUCCGCUCACCUAUCGAGGAGUGGUGGUGGGUAUUACGUCGUGGGGGCACAGCUGUGCGCAUCCCAAUUUUCCAGGAGUCAGCGCCAGAGUAUCGAGUUUUACCAACUGGAUAAAUAGUACUAUCGAUUCGGGAACACGAGACAGCGUCAGAUCAAGCAACUUAGGUUUAACGAUAUUUUUGCUAAGCGCGUUACUCUUUAGUCAUUUAAAUACAUUAGUUAAAUAA